AAUUGGACAAUUCAAUUCCAAACAUAAAACACAAUAAUCUCAAAUAUAAAAAAAAAAAAUACUAUGUUUGAUCAAAGAACCAAUAUGGCUAGUCCAAAACUAAUCAUGCAGGCAUGUCUAAUCAUUGUCCUUUUCCAAUCCACAAUUCCAAUUUCAAUGUCGUUUUCUUUACCAAGUACUUCCCAUUCACAUCGGCCACGUCAUCAUCCUUAUCCUUACCCAUCAGUACCCUCCUCUCCGGCUACACUUCCCAUCCCGGUCGGCUCACCGGCACCAGCCUCGUACUCAUUCCCUCCGCCAAUAUCUCCGGGUCCGGAGGAAUCUCCGGCUGAUAUGUUCCCCCUGCCGGACUUUUCACCUGGACCAGCUCCCGAGUCGUUUCCAUUUGUUGGCUUUUCACCUGGACCAGCUCCCGAGUCAUUUCCAUUUGUUGGCUUUUCACCGGGACCAGCUCCGGAAUCAUCUCCAUUCGUUGGCUUUUCACCUGGACCAGCUCCCGAGUCAUUUCCAUUUGUUGGUUUUUCACCGGGGCCAGCUCCUGAGUCAUUCCCUGUGGAACCCAUUUCUCCAGCAGAACCUCCAUUUCAAGUCGAAUCACCUGUUCCGGGACCGGAUUAUCUCCCGCCGGCUCAUAAACCACGCGUUUCCCACCCAGUUCGUCGACCACGAAGAGGAGUUAGAGCUGCGUAUUGGCCUUCAUUCGGGUCAUUUCCAGCAUCCUCCGUUGACACCUCCUACUUCAGCCAUAUCUACUACGCUUUCCUCUUACCCGAUCCCGAAACUUAUAAGCUCAACAUUACGUCUCUAGACGUGACCCAGAUACCCGAAUUCAUCAACUCCCUCCAAAACCAAUACCCACCGGUGAAAACUCUCCUCUCGAUCGGAGGCGGUGGGAACGACCCGACAGUGUUCUCGAAGAUGGCGAGCAGAAGAAGAACCCGUAAAACUUUCAUCCGGUCCACCAUUGAAGUAGCCCGAAGGUACGGCUUCGACGGUGUUGACCUGGAUUGGGAAUUCCCUGCGAACGACGAGGACAUGGAGAACUUAGCUUUGUUAUACAAAGAAUGGCGAAAAGCGUUGACUUUGGAGUCCAGGGCUUGUAAGAAGCCAAGGCUUCUUUUGACCUCAGCUGUAUAUUUCGCUUCGAGAUUUCUGUUCGACAACUUGCGAUCGUACCCGGCUAAAGUUAUGGGUGAAAAUCUGGAUUGGGUCAGCCCGAUGUGUUUUGACUACCACGGGUCUUGGGAAAACUUUACCGGGUUGCAUUCCGCGUUUUAUGACCCGAACAGUAAUAUUAGUACAGCGUUCGGAAUCCAGUCCUGGAUCAAAUCGGGUAUACCGGCCCAUAAGAUCGUAAUGGGUCUACCAUUGUAUGGGCGGACUUGGAAGCUCGAGAACCCGGACGAGAAUGGGGUCGGGGCACCCGCUGUUGGAGUCGGGCCAGGAGAUGGUGUUUUGGUCUAUUCCCAAAUAGUUGAGUUUAACCAGAAGAAUAAGGUUGUUCCUGUAUUCGAUAAGCAAGCGGUGUCGUUUUACUCUUACAGUGGAGAUUCCUGGAUUGGGUAUGAGGAUGUACCUUCUAUUAGAUUCAAGGUCCGGUUCGCAAGAUCUAUGGGCUUGGGUGGAUAUUUCUUUUGGGCCCUGGGCCAGGAUAAGGAGUGGACCAUUUCUAGACAAGCUUUAAAUACUUGGAACAGAAACAGAUGGUGAUUAUCAAUGGGAAAUUUAUAUUUUACUUAAUAAAUUAUGUACCAAAAUUGUGGCAUUAAUAAGGUCGAAAUUUCAUGUACCUAGCUUGUUCGAAAUUUCAUAUGUAACCAACCAUCAAAUGUUGUUCUUAUAAUAUGUUAUGAAAUAAGGAUCCAUAAACAGAGGAGGAGCUUACUUCAAUCUGAUUGUUUGUGUAAGCUCCUCUUUACUUUGUAUCUAUGAGUAUUACCCUAUUCCAGGGGUCGAUGAAAAUUUUUAUCUCA